CAACGCGCGAAGGUGGACCAAAGAAAUUGGCGUCAGUUUUAUUAGUGCGCGAGAAGUAAUUUUUUUUUUGGUAAGAAGGAAUUCUCUAAUUUGCAAAUUUUCUAUUCUGGCUAAUAACUUCCAAAAGACACAUGCGCAAAGUGCACCGAAAUGAGAUGGGUUUUGGCUCACAAAAGUGGAUUAUUUCUUACGUGUUUGGCCCCUAACAAGAUUAAAACUUGACCGUUGUUGUAAGGAUUCUUGUGGACGGUUUCAUUUUGAAAAGACGACUGGAUCCAUUUCCGCUUCAUCUUUCGAGAGAGCAACAUGGAAAACCGAAUUUUGCUACCAGUUAUUUACGUUCGAGGAACAUUCUAUCAAGUCGGCUACGAUGUGGGUCACACUUUUAAACAUCAGAUAGAAGAAUUAGUUCGAGACUCGAAAUUUUUGAACGACGAGCUGUUGCCAGCCUACAACACAGUUGCUGGACUGAAAAUCUACGACGACACGCUAGCUCGAAUGAAAGCCAAGUUCCCUUAUUACGUCAAUGAGUUGCAAGGAAUUUCUGACGGCAGUCAAGUGCCCUUUUACAAGUUGAUGCUACUGCACAUUGAUAGCAUGAUAUUAGAGGCCUCGUCGUCAUCUCAACUAUCUGGAAACGGUUGUUCGAGCGUCAUGUGCAACCACGAAAACGUGGUUUUGGGACACACGGAAGACGCUUUUGCAGUAACUUUGAACCAUCUGUACAUCGUUCACGCUGAUAUUACCGAAAAAUGUGGACGUCAUGAGAGGUUCUCGUCGCUGUGUUACGCUGGGCACUUGCCUGGCUUCUGCAUGAAUAUUAAUGAGCACGGUCUCGUUUACACCAUCAAUAUUAUAGAACCUGUCAGGGUCCAUAAUGACAAAACACCGCGUCAUUUCCUGACAAGGGCGAUGCUAAGCGCUCGAAAUUUGGUCGACGCUCAGGCCAUUCUUCGUGACAGAGGAACCGGAUCUGCUCACGGAUUUUGCGUCAACAUGUCGUUCAUGAAACAAGAAGGACCAAUCCUCUUUCACAGCGCUGAAGUAGGACCUGCGGAGAAUAACGAGUCGCAACUGUCCAUUUUGACUAUUUCCCCUGGGGAGAGUCACGUUCGCUGCAAUAAGUACUUGCGACUUAAAAUCAACGAAGAUCAUAACGGUUUAGCCGUACUCAGCAGUAACGGUCGCCAUCAUGUAAUGGAAACUCUGGGUCUACCUACCAAUAUCGGAGAGGUUGUAGACAUGCUGUCAAACGACGAUGAUCAAGAUUAUCCAAUCUACCGUCGCGGAACGGAGAAGGAUAUUGUAUUGACGAUCGCUACUGGAAUUUUCGAUUUCAACCGCAGGGAAUGGCGUCUCUAUGUCGAUAAUGCUAAGAAUAGUCGCCCCAUUGCCACGUUCUCCAUGAAUCUUUAAACUUUCAGUUCUAAUGUUGAUUAUGUGAAUGUAACUACUUGGCAUGACUGAAGAACUGAAUCCCUCCUUAAGGUUGAAAUACAAUGAAUACAAGUUAA